AUGCAGAUGUCGCGUCUAGGCCUCCUCCAGACCUUGCUUCACCACUGUCUCUCAGGAGACACUGAACUAUGUCUUAGAGCGUUUCCCGAGCGUUGGAUGCAGUUUGCUGCAUUUGGCGGUGGCCUAGAGACGUCCUGGGAUUGGUUUGAGCUCAAGCGAUCUUUCGAGAACAUUAUAUCAGAUCAGUCUCGGUCGUUUUUCAUUCUUAUCGACGGUCUGGACGAGUUUGACGGAGAGCUGAAGGAUAUUAUCAAGCUUGUCUUGGGCGCUGUACGCCCGAACGUCAAGAUGUGUGUUGCGAGUCGACCAUGGCUCCCCUUCGAGGAUGCGUUCAAAGGCCGUCCAAACUUGCUUCUCCAGGAAUUGACGCAGCAUGAUAUAUCUACAUAUGUGGCCGAGACCUUUCGCGAAAACGAGCAUUACAUCCGCUUACAGCUUGAAGCUCCCGCCGAGGCAGAGUUCCUAUGUCAAAGCAUCGUUGAAAAGGCUUUGGGUGUGUUCCUGUGGGUUCAUCUUGUCGUGGAGUCGCUGCUCGAGGGUCUUUCGAACUCGGACAACCUGCGUGAUCUUCAAGCGCGCCAUGACGCGCUUCCCUCCGAUUUGGAGGCACUCUUCGAAAAUCUACUACAUAGUGUAGACGAUCGGUACUACACACAAGCUUGCCAAAUCUUUUACAUGUUACGACUCCAUCGGGAGAGCAAUGCUGGCCAGAAACGCAAUUACAACACGCCUUCCCUGCUAGGGAUGCAUUUCGCAAGUGACGAAAACCUGACUUCCAGUAUCAUGGCAUCUUGGGAAGUUCUUGAGGAGCAGGAAGCUUGCCGCGCCUCGUCUCUCGAUGCCGAGGUCUCUUGGAAACAUCCAAUCCUGAAUCCAAUCGUCCUGCGUUCGACCAUGAGAUCAUUUACCUCCAUCGCACUGCGCGAGACUACAUCGAAUCUCGUAAUUACUGGCCGAAAGUUGUAA